CAUAACACGUACACCUCAUUGCGCAUGGACUUGGACCGCGAAUUUACCUAUUUUCCGAAAAUGGACGCGUUGGUGCAGAAAUACUUCGGACACUUGCCAAUUAACUUUCCCAGUAUGUCCGAAAUGAAUAGGAAUCUCUCAGCCAUACUGAUCAAUAACUACACACCAUUAUCGUCAGCUGGACCCACGACCGACAGCAUGAUCAAUGUCGGUGGCAUGCACAUCUACCCGCCGAAACCAUUGCCCACCGAUAUACAGCAGUUCUUGGAUGAGGCCGAACAUGGCGCCAUCUACUUUAGUUUGGGCAGUCAAGUGCAGAGCAAAGAUAUGCCCAUGGAAAAGUUACGCAUAUUCCUCAAUGUAUUCAGUCAGCUAAAACAGCGUGUGUUGUGGAAAUUUGAAAACGAUAGCAUUACGAAUUUACCCUCAAAUGUUAUGAUAAAAAAGUGGAUGCCACAGAGUGAUAUCUUGGCACAUCCUAAUGUGCGUGUUUUUAUCGCGCACGGCGGUCUCUUCGGCUCACAGGAAGCUGUCUACCAUGCCGUGCCCGUACUUGGUAUGCCUUUCUACUGCGAUCAGGUAAAUUCAAUUAAAAUUCAAAAAAGAAAUAUUAAAAUUAACAGU